AUGAGUUACUACAACUACUAUCCCUCUACCACGCCCGCGUACGCACAGCCUCCCGUCCACGCCCCUCUAGGCCCGCGAGAGCUCAACGACCACCCAAACGACGUCUCGUCUCGACGCCGCGCCACACCCCCUGCGGUGCCCUUUGGUCACGAAGCCUUCCAUCACCGCGCCCUUCGCAUCUCCCAGGAUGACCCGGCCAGAUACCUCCACGCCCACGCCCUUGGGUCAUGGCCAGCACAACGCCCGUACGCACUCCACCACGCGGAGGUCGUUCAUGACUACGCCCACGACGGUCCUGCCCGCCCACGACACGCCCACGGGAGUCAUGACGCCCCGAGAAGCUACGCAGCCUUUGUGUUGGGCGGCCCCCAGCGCCCACUCCCGCCCGCGCCCCAGCUGGGAAGUUUCCCUUCAGAAGCGGUCGGAUUCUCAAGCGCGUCCGGCAGAGCCAAAACAGCAGAGGGAUUUCUAGCAGGACGAACCGCCGCCACAGCAGAGGAACUGACACCAGGGAAAUCCUCAGCAGCAGCAGCAGAGAAAGCGGCAGCAGACGAUCGAGAAGUUAGCGUGGCAGCAAGAGCAGAAAAACGGGGGAAGUUUUACCAGAAACUGAAGGAGAGAACUCACAGCAAGAUCGCGCGCAAGUUCCGUGGAAGAGUUAAAAAGGCCCGCCACGGGACCCUCGAGCCAGCCCGCGUCGCGUCCCACGGCCGCCGCAGCUCUGGUCCUCACCGGGGUUUCCUGAAGGCGUCCUACGUGCCCUCUUGCGCCAGAGACACCAACCGCUCCUAUUGUCUGCUGGACGAGUCUUACCCGAGCGCUUUCAUAGCAGAGGAACUGGCGCUUCACUACGAAUUCCUCAAGGACUUGUGGCGACCCUCGGAGAUGCCCAGCGUAACCAACCACAGCCACAAUUCCAGUCACGACACGCCCCCUGUAUUUACGAGGAACAGCAGACAGGGGAAGACGAGACAAGCAGAAACGAAAAUAAAGCCUACGAAACGUGGAAGGGAAGAAGAAGAGGAAGCAGAAGAAGCAGAAGGAAAAGGAAAAGGAAGACGUUGGUCGAACAAAAAGGAAGCAGGAGAGGGAUGGAGUUGCCCGACCCAUCAACACAGGGAGCGGCUGUCCAUGGCUAGGAACACGAGAGGGAAAUGGCGACUCAUAGUGAACGUGGACGGGAAUCCAUCUCUUCGCCAGACGACAUCAAUAGAGGAAUGUGCCAGGCAAGAGACGUCAUGCGACCUCCUCCCCACUCUGGUGACGUCCCGCUGCGUCCAGAAGCAUGUCGUCCACAACCUCUUGUCGUGGGCUCCUGAAGAAGGUUUCUACGUCGACUCAUACAGCUUGCCAAGUGCCUGUGUGUGUUAUAUAUCGCGGGUAGACCUUCACUUGCUCUAUACUUUUGUGGAGAAUUGGGACAUCCGUCACUGAUAUCUGACCGGUUUACUCAUUGUUUACGAAGUGUGUAUUGUAUGGUUUAUUUAAUAAUAUAUGUUAAGGUUUAUUUUUUUAUACUAAAUAUGUUUAAAUCAUAACUUUCGAAGUAAUGGUUAUCAAAAUCUUCCCCUUAUAUGUUUUACAUGAUCACUUUCUACAUCCAUACUUACGUCAGUGUACUUUUGCGAAUAAACUUUUUAUAAAUGUAAAAUUUUGUAGAUACAGCACUCGAGUUUGAGGGUUAUGUCCCAGCAACUAGCAGUCAGCAAUAAUACUGAUUAUUGAUUCUGUCAAACCCACGGAAUAGCUGUAAUUACUAAAUGACUAGCUGAAUAUACAGGCAUCAAUAUCGAUAACAAACAAGAUCACUCUAGAAUAUGACUGGCGGAAUUUGUCAUUGUUAUAUGUGUAUUUACGAGGGGCGCUCAUUAAAGAUUUCCUCUGACCCACUUCCCAUGGAUGUACAGAAAUGAAACGUCGUACAAUUAUUAGUCUUUCUCUAUAUGGGUCUCACAAAGAGUGACACUUCUCCCAUCGUUUCAUGCAGGUGUGGACUCCUUGCUUGUCUGCAAGUUGCGUUUGAAGCCAUGGAGUGACUUCAGAAUCGGCGUUUCAUUAUUUUGGAAAUGUUUGCCCUUUAAAAUUUAAUGCAAGAUCAGGAGAAUAAGGAGGAUGAGGAAGGAUGCCGCAGACGCAGGACCGCGCUUCCAUCUGGGCACUGUGAAAGUUUUGAACUUGGGCGUUGUCUUGUAGGAGGUGAACACCUUUGGUCAACAUUCUACGCCUCUUGGUUUUGAUAGCCUCCUGCAAUUUCUGUAGCAGUGAAGCAUAGUAAGCUCCUGUAAUUGUAGUAACUUUUGCCUAGAAAUCCACCAUCACUACUCCAUGCUGGUUUCAAAAGACUAUGAGCAUGACCUUGCCUGCCGAAGGUGUGACACAUGCCUUUUUGGGUAGUGAGUCAAAGUGCUGCCACUGUUUUGACUGGGCCUUUGUUUCUGGAUCAUGGUGCUGGACUUGUUCCUGGUUCUGGAAAGGUGUGUAUAGCCUGCUUUUGCAUGUGCAUCUUAACAUCUUGCAAUAGAUGACAAAAAGUAAUAUAGCAAUCUUCCAAAAUGGCAGUCUGCACUUGAUGGAUGGUUUCCUCAUGAAUUUCAGACUGGGGUUGCCCUGGGAUAGGAACAUUUUCCACAGAUCUCUGACCAUACCUGAACUGGUGUUGCCAAUGUUUAACAACUUUAUAUGAUGGGGCAUCCUACCCAUAAGUUACUUUCAUUUCAUCGAAGGUCUCGUGUUGUGUGUGGCCAUUCAAGUAUUUAAACUGAUCACUGCUCGAUACUCCACUGGUCCCAUUUUCACACCUUACUGCACCUACUGUAACAGAUGUUUUGAGUUAAGGACAGGAAAUCCAUACAUGACCUAAAGAGAGGUGCAUCAUCACGCAUCUGAAAUUUCAGCCUCUUAGUAUAAGUGGAAGUGGGUCAGGGGAAAUCUUUCAUGAGCCCCCUUGCAGCCAUUCAAAUAAUAUUGACAACGAAUAUCUGUUUCAUGAAAUAGGAAAGACUGUUGUAAGUUACACUGACAUGUCAAGACUAGCAAAUCUGCUGAUUUGUGCAAAAUGAUCAUAGUUCAUACAACUAUGACAUGGAAACAUAUCUGGUGUAGUUAAUAAAAAUGCACAAGGUAUAAAGCACUCCAUAUUCAAAGUUAUAUAUUUAUUUAACAUGAGUUACAUACAGUUUCAAAGUAGUAACACUGAGUCUGGUGUCGAAAUACACUGGUCCCUUCUGCUACCUGCAGGUUGAGGGGUAAAAAGUGAGAGAGAGAAAAAAAGAAAAAGAAAAACAAAGAGGAAUGCUUAAGCUUUCCUUUAGGAGCAACAAGGAAACCUGCAUUCACAAAUCCAAAAACAUUGUGCAGCAUUUCCAAAACAUACCCAUAUCCUUAAUAACACAACUCAAGUUUUAAGAUAUGGGUAAGAAUGUGUUUGUUUAAAAUCCACUUUCUAAGGGAGAAAUAUAGUCAUAUAUUUUUUAGAUAUAUAUGAAAACACUGACACUGGGUGUGCUACAUAACUUGUGCUGCUGCAGAUUUUGAAAUGGAUUAAAACACAAACUUUGACUUGCUUGUGGGUCUGUUUAUGUUCAUAUGCGUGUGUGCAUGUGCAUGUGUGUAUUCCUGUGUGUGUAUGCGCAUGUGUGUGGCAUUCAUUUGUGUGUAUACCCAUUCAUGGGUUCAUGUGUGUAUGCACGGGUAAAUGUAUGUGUUCAUGCCUUUGUGAGCAUGUGUGCCAGCCCUUUCAGUUACUUUAAAAUAAUCAGUACAUCAGUAAUAACAGACAACGCAGACAGUAAUAUUAAAUAAGUAGUAGACAAAUUACCAAGAGCAUAACCUCCAUACGACAUAUAUAUAUUUGCACAAAUCAUACUAUGGAGUAAAAUUACUAUAUUUCACAUACAAAAGAAAUAUAAUACUGAACAUACUACUAGAUACACAGAAUUCAUACCAAAGAAUUUAAAACUGAAAGAAACAAUCUGAUUACAAUCUUCAUUACUCUUCCAAAUCUGUAAUAUCAAAUUUCACAAAUAUCCAAACUACUAUUCCCAGAUAGUGCAAAGAAAACCCUUUACCAGUUAUUGUGAAAACUUAUACAGAUAAGAAUUAUUUACGAACAAAAUCAGCUUGAACACCCAGCAUUGUCCUAUCUGGAUGAUGAAUAAUGAAAAUAUGAGGAGUAAUAAUGCUGUUUUUAAUCAUCGAUCAAAAUGAUUUUCCCAAAAAGGUACAUACAAUAAUCAUUAUCAAUAGGAAUAAUUUAAACAGUAAUAAUAUACAUAUUUGUCCUAAGAUUAUGUUUUUUCCAAAUUCCAAAGCCUAAAGUUUUACUAACAUUUACAAAAAAAGAAAAAGAAAAAGGAAAGGAAAAGAGAGAAAAAAAAAAAAAAAGGAAAAAAGGGAAAUAAUAAGAAGAGAACAUUUCUUAAAUUUUAGCCCUACUUAAAAAUGGCUAAAAUCAGUUUAUCUAUUUACUAAUCUCUUGGAGACUGCAAUGGUGUCAAACUUAUAAGUUACUUUGGCAUUCAUAUGCUAGCACAUUACCUUCAAGCUACUAUGCAAAAAAGCACGCACACACACACACACACACACACACACACACACACACACACACACACACACACACACACACACACA